CUUUGAAGGAAGUUAGGGUUGGGAGUGAGAAUGACAUUGAGUGUGCAUUAGAGUUUUUUAAGGAUCCUAACUUCAUUCCUCCUCCUACUUCAUGUAGAAAUUGAGGAGAUGUCUUUAGAAGGAACAAUGAGUGUGGUAGGAAGUGAGGUGAUGCCUCUGGAGUAUGGUGGUAUGGACUCAGAGAGUAGUCCGUCUCCAUCUAGUUCGGAGAGGACAGUGGAGGAAAGGAGGGAGCGAGGGAUAGAGGAAGAGGAGGAAGAAGAAAUUCCCUCGAACAUUAUGGAGGUUGAGGGUAAUGUAGAUAGGUGUUAUGACCCAGACUUAGGCAUAGUGUCUGAGGUGAGGGAGUAUGGUAGUGAACUGGGUAGCAGGGGUAGCCUUAGGGGCUUCGUAGGAAACUGCAACCUUCCUCACCAUGUGUUAAUUAGGCCUGUCGGGUGGAGUAGGAGGGAUGCCGAAGUGGAAUACCUAUCUACUUGGAAAGCUAAGAAAACCAAGCAAAACGAUUUUAAGUUAAAUGAGGAUGAGGUGGAAGAGGUAGGGAAGCUAGUGAGGGAGGAAGGGGACUCAGUGGAUAUCAUGUACCUCACCAGCUUGAAGGCAAUAGAAGCUGUCGAGCUCUCUGAGAUGGAGGGUUUUUUGAACGCUGUUGGGGGGUUGGCUAUCCCGAAGAAGCCAAGAAAGAAGCCAGAGCCUAUAAGGAGGGGCAGUGAAGAAGUGAGUGAGGAGGUGGCGCCACUACAGAGGAAGAAAAGGAAGGUGGUAGAGCCAGAAGCUAGGGGGGAUAAGGUGGUGGAAUUCGUACCUCGACCUUCUCCUACUGAAGUUGAUCCUGAAGUCAGGGAAAGGGAGGAGGUCGAGGUGCGAGGCCCUGGCAAAGGCAAGGAACUCAUCCCUCCUCCUUCGUUCCAAAAGAGUUUGUUCGAAGCAACGAACAUUACUGGGGCGAAGCGAUUUCUCAACGCCACUCUUCCAGAGAGUGUAAGCUGGGUAAACGCUCUGACGCAAGAGUAUGCGGAGAGUGUGAAAGACCGCGCCAGCUUGCAGAGGCAGUGUGAGGAGCUGCAAAAGGAAAAGGAGGAGCUGCUGAAGAAGAACAAAGAGAUGUAGAGGAAACUAGAUGAGGUUGUGCCAACAGUAACCGAGCU